AUGGAUUGUUGCUGCUUCAUUGUCCCUCCCCACCUUUUCCGGGCCAUCGCUCAGUCUCCUCACAAUCCCGAAUCCGUCCGCAGAGCAGCCGAGGUCUCUCUGGCUGCACAUGACCGCAUCGCUACCGCUCGUCAGGAACGUACUCUGAAGGUUAUCCAGGACAAGAGAGGCAAGACAUAUGCAGUCAUUCAAGCUUCGCCGUUUGUUCCCGGCGUUCUCCUCGAACAAUUGUCCGCCUCGGAUGCUGUAGAUGAGGCGACGAGGACUCGUGCGAAGAGAGAUCUGCGCCAUAUCCAGGACCUCAUGAGCAAAGCUCAUCAGGUUGGUACUGAUGAGAGUGCCACAAGGGAAGCUACUAAAGUAGGAGCCUGUAUUGUGUACAAUGCAAGCAACACUUGGGAUAACGAGAAGCUUCCCGGUAAACUUGAACGUGGCCACGGCGAACCUCCGACCAAGGACUCAGACGUCAACAAGGCCUAUGAAAACGUGGGCCACGUUCUCAGAUUCUACGAGCAGCUCUUUGAUUGGACAUCUGUUGACAACCAGAACGCGCCCGUGACAAGCACUGUUCACUUUGGUGACCACUACGAAAAUGCCUUCUGGUCUCCAGAGGCCAUGCAGAUGGUCUUUGGGGAUGGGAAUACGUAUCUUCAUAACUUCACCGCCUGCGUUGACAUCAUUGGACACGAACUCACGCAUGCAGUCACGGACAACACUAGCCCACUUGAGUACAACGGCCAGUCUGGGGCUUUGAACGAGCAUGUUUCUGACGUCUUCGGCAUCAUGGUCAAACAGCAGGUGCAAAAAGUCACAGCUGAAGAGGCAGACUGGCUCAUCGGCGAAAGCUGUCUCUUGCCCAAUAUCAAGGGAGUGGCCUUGCGCAGCAUGAAGGAGCCAGGGAAAGCAUACGACGACGAGCGCUUUGGCAGAGAUCCUCAAGUGGACAACUUCACUCAAUGGGAGGUUGUCACUGAAGACAGGGGCGGGGUGCACAUCUUCUCUGGCGUUCCCAACAAAGCGUUUUACCUUUCUGCUGUCGCCUUCGGAGGCUACUCGUGGGAGAUCGCCGGCAAAAUCUGGUGGAGGGCCAUGAACUGCGGCAAGGUGCCAAUUCGGUGUACGUUCCAACAAUUUGCCGAUGUCACAGUCGAGUGUGCGGAGGAGCUGUUCGAUGUGAACGCUGCGAAGACGGUGCGCACAGCUUGGAUCAAGGUGGGCGUUACUCGAGGCAUCUGA